GCGGCACCAUUCUCGCGCCCGGCAGCGAGCUCCGAGGAAAUUUCGGGAUUAGACACUCGGAGUUCUUUUGGUCUACAAAAAGCUCCCUCGCCCCUUCUCUCCUUGCAAGGAGCAAAGGAGGGAGGCUGUAAGAUCUUUUGUGGAUACCCCUCUCGAAAUAUCUCCCCCUUUACGUUUUAGUCCCUCGCUGUGUGCCUCCGUGAUCGCCGGGAUGGGCUCGGAGCUCAUCUACAGAGGCCACGAGCCCCAGCCCCACGACGGCGACGGCGGGUACUUGCCGAAGCCCCCGAAGCGGUGCGGGUGGCUCUCGCGGCCGCUCCGCUACCUGCUCGGCGAGCAAAGGCUCCUCUUCGUGCUCGUCGGGAUGGCGCUCGCCUCCCUGGUCUUCGUCCUCCUCCCGCGUGCGCCUCCGGCCGCGGGAUCCGCUGUCGGCGCCCACGUCAUGGUCGACCUCGUCCGCCGCUCCGCCGCCGCAGGCGUCGGCGGAGGGUACUACAACCACCGGGAGGCGCUCCCGGCGAGGAGGUUCGUCGGGGGCAAGGUGCCGCUGGGGCUGAAGCGGAAGGGGCUGAGGAUCGUGGUGACCGGCGGGGCGGGAUUCGUCGGGAGCCAUCUCGUGGACCGUCUGCUUGCUCGCGGGGACAGCGUGAUCGUGGUGGAUAACUUCUUCACAGGGAAGAAGGAGAACGUGAUGCAUCACUUCGGGAACCCCAAUUUCGAGCUCAUCCGCCAUGACGUCGUGGAGCCGCUCCUCCUUGAGGUUGACCAGAUCUACCACCUCGCGUGCCCGGCUUCUCCCGUGCACUAUAAGUUCAAUCCCAUCAAGACUAUCAAGACCAACGUAGUGGGAACCCUCAACAUGCUCGGCCUGGCCAAGAGGGUCGGCGCCCGUUUCCUUCUCACCAGCACCAGUGAAGUCUAUGGCGACCCCCUCCAGCACCCCCAGGUUGAGACCUACUGGGGCAACGUCAAUCCCAUCGGGGUCAGGAGCUGCUACGACGAGGGCAAGCGUACGGCCGAGACUUUGGCCAUGGACUACCAUCGUGGUGCCCAUGUUGAGGUGAGGAUUGCUCGAAUCUUUAACACGUACGGGCCUCGCAUGUGCAUCGACGAUGGCCGGGUCGUCAGCAACUUUGUGGCCCAGGCGCUGAGGAAGGAGCCGAUGACAGUUUACGGGGAUGGGAAGCAAACAAGGAGUUUCCAGUACGUCUCGGAUCUGGUCGAGGGGUUGAUGAGGCUGAUGGAAGGAGAGCAUGUUGGGCCAUUCAACCUUGGGAAUCCCGGUGAGUUCACAAUGCUGGAGCUCGCCAAGGUGGUGCAGGAGACCAUUGAACCCAAUGCCCGGAUCGAGUUCCGGCCCAACACCGAGGAUGACCCCCACAAGCGCAAGCCUGACAUCACCAAGGCGAAGGAACUGCUUGGCUGGGAGCCCAAGAUCUCCCUCCGCCAGGGUCUUCCCCUCAUGGUCUCCGACUUCCGCAAGCGAAUCUCCGGCGACCACUCCAGCUCCGAUGCCGCCACCGCCGGCUCCAGCACCGGCACCUCCUAAGAGCCCCCUUCUUCUUUUCAUUAGUCAAUUCAGGACCUGAUCCAUGUCAUACUCCAUCAAAGAGAUCAAAGAGAGAUGCAGGCCCACUUACAUUUCUAUUCCUGAUGUCUAGGCUCUUUUUUUUUUUUUUACUUGGCUUAUUAUUCCUUUAUUUUUAAGCCCUAUAACUACUGCUGCUGCAGUCUGACGAUAGCUAUCUGCAGAACAGUAGUACCAGAACCUUAGUGACGAUCUUCUUUUCUCUCCCAUUUUUAUAUAUUUUUUUCUUCUUUGAAUGUUGAAGCAGGAGUUCCUUGUUAUUUGUUAUUCUAAUUCUAUUACAAAUUUAGAUGUUCUGUUUCUUUCACUGAA